AUGGGUGCUCAUAUGUUGUUUGUGAGGAAGAAAGAUGAAUCCAUGAGGAUGUUUAUUAAUUAUCAACAGUUGAACAAAGUGACAGUGAAGAACAAGUAUCAUAUUUCUCGUAUUGAUGAUUUGUUUGAUCAGCUUCAGGUUCCAUCUCUAUUUUCUAAGAUUGAUUUGAGAUUCGGUUAUCACGAGCUGAAUAUUAAGGCAUCGGACAACCCUAUGAUAAUUUUUUGGACUCAUUAUGGUCACUAUGAGUUUCUUAUGAUGUCAUUCGGUUUGACUUAUACCCCUGCAUCAUUCAUUGAGUUGAUGAAUGGGGUGUUCCGACCUUAUCAGAAUACCUUUGUGAUAGUGUUCAUUGAUGACAUCUUGGUAUACUCCAAGACUGAGGAAGAUCACAAUCAGCAUUUGAGGAUUGUACUCCAGAGAUUGAUAAAAGAGAAGUUUUAUUCCAAGUUCUCGAAGUGCAAGUUUUAG